GUAAGAGUGAGAGAGAGACCAUGAGAGAGAGAGAGAGAGGGGGAGAUUUUUGCUUUGAAGUCAAAGAAAAUUCCAGGAGUUUCCUGUUAACGAGCCUGGUGUAUAAUGUGAACCAGGAGUGUGUGUCUGUGUGCAAAGAGAGGAGAGACUCCCGCGUCAGUCUCUCUCUGCUGCUCAGAGGGGUUAACAUCACCACAGGCUUUGCUGUCCUUUACCUUUCAGAUACAUUCAAGAUUUGGUCCACUUUAAGGAUACAGAAUGCUUCAGCCUUCAGUGGGGUUUUGAAUUUGGAUUCAUAGCAUGGAGAUUUCACACCUGGGAGUUUUGUCUCUGUGCUUUUUAACUCACUUUUAAACAGCCAGUGAAUCCAUCUUGUCCCAGCAGUGCAGGCUGUUUCAGAUGCAACAUUGCCGCUUAUGACUUUGCAGAUGUAUUGUUUGACCCGAGGAGUAUUUGUGAGCUGCUAACCAGCUCCAACUGAUCAGCAAACCAAACAAUCAACCUGAGAAUCAGCAAUGAUGUUGCAUUGCUAUAACACCCACUGGCCUCUGCUGUUGUUUGCUGCUCUGUGGAGCCUCAGCUGCCCGAGUUUGGUUACUGCCUGGCAGGGCAUCGCUCGAAGCAAGCCCAAGGAUCAAUUCGACCCAAAUGUAAGGGACUGGGGAGACUAUUCAGACCUCCCUCCAGGAAUCGAGCUGGGACUAGGGUUGGAUGGUGACAGAGAACAUGGAAACAACAGAGGAGGUGGAGAGUCAUCAUCAAGCUUGGCUCCGGAGCUGGAUUUCCUUGCUGACUUUGCAGGUAAAAAGCGGUUGUGGGUGAUAACAGCCCCUUCACACAAUGACCACUACCUUCGUAUGAUGGAAAAACAGCUGGAAGACAUGGAGCAGAAAGGGCUUAACUGCCAUCUGGCAGAAAGGGACACCUUCAUCAUCACCAUCAUCCAGAAUGCCAUGAUGGAAGGUAGGAUCCAGAAGACAACUUUCCAAGGAGAUGCAACAGUAGAGAGCCUCGACCCUGACACAGUUACCAAACUGCUGCACUACCUGGAGCUCACCAGUCAGGACCAAGAGUUCACCAUGCUGGUUAUGAAGAAAAACCUACUGGUCAGUGAGCGGUUCCCCUAUCCCGUCCGUGUGGAGGCGAUCUUGGAGCUCAUUGAUCAGUUCCCAAUGAGGAAGCUGGAGAAGAUGACCAGGAAAGGAUCCAACUUGAGGUGUAAAACCACCAAAAAGGUUUUGGUGAAAAGGAAAAAGAUGAAGAAGAAGAUGGUGCUUAGCCCUCAGAGGCGAGGGAAUGUGACCUCUGUGGUGGCGCCACAAAGAAAACCUCCUAUGGACAAAAAAGCUGCCCUAAAGAGUAAAAUCCAGGAUAUACUGAACGGACGGUCGAGGUUUGUCAUCCGCAAGGAGCCAGCUGUGGGGUCCACAAGGGGAAAGGACUCGAGCAGUGGUGGUAGAGCCACUUCUUAUGAACAGGAAAAACAAAAGGCACACAAUCCUCCAUUUGUGUCCAGGAGCAACGAGGAAGUGAGGAAAUACAGGCCUGACUCCGCUGCCGAAGAAGGAACGAAAAGACAUGGACUGGAAAACAGUGAGGAUAAAAAAGAGAAUGUAAAGGAUGACACACAGGAAAAACAGAGCUCUAAGAAAAAGGGGAAAGGGAAGAAAGGGAAGAAAGGGAAAGGAAGAGGGAAAAAGUCCAGCAGAGAGGCAAGUGAGAAGGAUAAAACAGCCCUGAAGGAGUUUAUGGGCAAUUUAAAAGGGACAAGAAGGCUGAUGCUGAUCUCGACACCAAACAGAGAGGCGACACUGUACGUGCAGCAGAAAGAGGAGAGUGAGAAGCAACACUGUGACCUCGCUAUCAGGAAGAUCACUGUGGCGACCAUUGUGGGUGAAGGCAGUGACGCCACACUCACACUGCAACACCACCAGCUCGAGUUAGAGCCUCCACUCAGUGGCCUACCAGAGCACUUCUCAGAUUCAGGACUGAUCUCCCUGUUGAGAGCAGAGCUGGGUCUGUCGUCGCCUGACCUCUUUUCCAUGACCGUCACAGACUACGACAUCAAGCCGAAUAGAGUGUUUGAAGCUCCUCCAUCAAGCUCCGCUCUGUUUGAGUACAUUGACAACUUUCCCUCAAGGCGCACAGAAAAAGAGAAAGAGAGGAAAAGUCCCCCAACCUGCUUCAAAGACAAGCAACAGCCUGAAGCUGAGAAUUCACUACUCAGGUUCAUGUCUAAGAGGAGACUGCUGCUUGUCUCUGCUCCCUCUGAGGAAGACUACUCUUUCCAACAGCAGCUCUCUGCUCUCAAUGGACAGGAGUGUCAACUGGGCAUUCGCCACUUUGCCAUGUUGAAGCUGAUUGGGGGUGGAGACAAAGCCUCAGGAACUGUUGAGUUAUUUCCCCUCAAUGGUCGUAGUCAGAGUGUGGUUGAGCCGUUGUCCCGUGAUGUGGUCAACAAUCUGAAAGAACAGCUGAAGAUCAAUAAGGACUAUUUCAGCAUGCUGCUUGUGGGGAAGGAUGGUGAUGUCAAGGCAUGGUUCCCAUCACCCAUGUGGUCCUUGGAUAACAUCUACGACCUGGUGGACUCCAUGGAGCUUCGCCUGCAGGAGGAGAAGCUGCAGAGGAGGCUAGGGAUCCACUGCCCUGAGGACAGAGGAAGAGGAGGCAGUGAAGGGGGACAUUAUGGCGGCUAUGAUGAAGAUGGGGCAGAGGAGGCAUAUUCUUAUCACCGGUCAGAAGAAUGAUGUGAAAGGAGGAGGAAGAAGAGCUACCUAAAUUGUUAAGAUGAGACAGCCAAUACAUGAACACUUGGAUUACUCAUAAGCAAGCUAUUAAACAGUGACCUCAAAAACUUUUAAAUCCUAAAAUGAUGAUGAUGGUACACCUGUUGGAUACCACAAUAAUAAGCUGGAUAUUUUAUGUUUGCAAAAAAUAAAUUUAAA